CCUCAUGGGCCAUGGCUCUCAAAGAAAAAGUAGAAGAAAAAUAACUUCUUGUUGCUCAGUAUCCAGUGGUUUUAGGCUUCCAGCUUUGUUUCUCAUCGUUUCGUCCUUCUCUCAACAGCUCUGUAGAACUGUGUAUGUCAUUUCCUUCAAAAUAAGGAAUACCCAUGUCGUUUCUUGAAGCGUUUUCCCCUGUUAAGGAGCUUUAUUUCGUUGUUCCAACGGUUUUAAUAGUUAUUUUCUUUAUCUUUUUGGUGAACAUGAGAGUAUUGAGACAUCUUUGAUAUUCUUUUCUUGGGUAGUUUUUUUUUUUUUUUUAGUUUCUUUGAAUUUUCAUUCGUAAAAAUUAUGUGUUGUUGUAUCUUUAAAUGGGACUUUAGCAUACAAGCUGCAAGAAUUCUAAUUGUCUACUUGUGAAAAAAUUUUAGUGCUUUCCAGGAGAGUGAAGAGAAAAAAGGGAUUUUGAGUUUCCAUUAUUCCUCAUAGUGACACAUUACAUUAGCUUAUGUUUGAUACGAAAUCAUCUAUGUAUUGAAGCUAUGAUAAAACUAAACUGCACCCUUCUUAUUCCAACCUCAUUUGAGACAAAACCAACAAUUAUUAAUCACAUAAGGGGAAAAAAAAUACAUUUUUCCCAUUUAUCUGAUUGUGAAAGCCCUAUGUCUUGUAGCAAGGUAGUGAACAAUGGGAUAUGAUUUGUUGAGGUAUUGAAGAUAGUGCUGAAUGUCUUUCUAGAUAUUUGAUGUCUGGUAAUAAGCUAUUGGCAUAUUUAUGAUCUACUGGUUGGUGCCCUCGCAUCAGAAUGCAAGUAUCAGCUAUGAUCAAUUGUCAAUUCAUCUUUUAGUGGGACUUCUGAUGCCUAGGCCAUCCUUAUUAUGGUAAGUAAGUUACAGUUGGUAUCUAAAUCUAAUUUUGUUAAACUAAUCAAAUUCUGUAAAAGCAAUUUAACUUCCAAUCUUAAAUAAAUAUCUUCAAAAUCUGCUUUGCCCAUUUUGCUUUAUUGUUUAUAUAGUUUUACCUUUAGUUCCUUCCAAACCCCUCAUCUUGUUGUGCAUUUUCUUCAUUGUUUUCCUAUUAUUUGUAGCUGAUCCAGAUUAGUUGUGGCUGCUGGUUACAGGGGUUCCAAUGCUAGAUAAUUAUUGGAUGUUCUAGGGCUAGGGACACAUGUUCGUACCCUGUGGCAAAUGCGGAGAAUUUUGUGAAAAUUUUAAAUUGAAAGCGCUGCAAAUUUUACAUUGUAGGGUCAAUUGGAUGGGGAGAGGAGAAAAAAGCUGAUCUGAUGGUGGAUUGCAUUAAAUAUGAUAUCAACAACCAUUUAAAUGAGACAGACUAUAGAGUUAUAGUUAUUGAAGGACUGUUGAUAGCUAACAGAGGGGUGGGGGUCAAUGAAUUAAUGUCUAGUGGUUUACAAUUAGGAUUCCUCUCCUUCAGGCAUGUCUGACUAGCUUCUUGGAGAAACAACACCCUUUUAACCAGAUGUUGCCUCACCUUAUAGUGAUUUGCACAGCAAGAUGUCUUCCAAAUACAAAUAAAGCAUAGGUUACUUAUUAUAACUUCUGUUUGAAUUUUGAAGUAGUUUAAUUAUGUAUAGUCCACUAUGGAUUAUAAUAUCUCUGAUGCAAUUAAUACCCAACAGAAAUACAUAUUUACUCUUUUGAGUAAAACAUCCUUUACACUCUUUCAAUUUAUUUGUCACAUUUAUAGAUGUCUCUAAGUGGUUACUUCACAAACCGAGAAAACUUUUUAAUGUUCAAGUGAAUAUUCUUGUUUGCUUCCUGGCAUUUAUAUGUUGCUAUUAUACCCCAUGAUUCAUUCAAUUUUAGCAUCCAUUUGAGAAAGAGAUAUGUCAAUCUUGAUACAAGAAUAUCAAAUAAACAUAAAAUUUACCUAUGAAAGAAGCAGAUAGAUUCCUUGUUUUAGGCUUGACUGGUGUUAACUGAAAUCUUGUUAAAAAAGUUUGCACCUGGGAUGUUCUCCAGUACAACUCUGGACCUCUGAGGUAAGAUAAUGUGUAUUAAGAAGAAUAGCAGAUUCUGCAUUUGUUGCAGAACAAGGACCUUCAUAAACUGGAAAAUUUUUUUACAAAAAUUAUAAGAAUCUUAUUUAGGCAAUCUUGACCUUAAGGAGUUGAUUGUUGUGCUUGUCAUAUGGCUUCUCUUGGAUGCAUUCUCAUGGAGUGGUUGCUGUUCGCUUUCUUCAGGAAAAGCAAUUUACUUUAAGGAAAGAGUGUAAAAAUGGAAAGAAGAAAUUCAAAUCUAUUAAGUUUUAUGUGCUAGUGCACUCUUGGCCUCUCUCUCUUGAAUGGCUCACGAUCUAGAGGAAUCAUUGCAGCACCUGGGAACAAUCAUUUAAUAAUAAUAGAUAUAGCUUUGCCUUAUGUAUUUACUGGAUUUUAUGAUUUAAAUCCAUUAAGAGUUCAAUGUUUGUGACAUUUCUUUGCUAUUCUCUGCCCAAUACAUGCACCUUUUUGAGACUUAAAUUGAUCAUCAAAUCACUAGUCUAAAUUUUGCGCAUUCUAGAGUGGACAAUAUUGAAGCAGUUGGGUAUGGUUAGAUCAUCAAUAUGUAGCAAUCAUGACCUAUGCUUUGCUUUCCUGUAAUUUAGUAAUGCCGGAUACAUCGAAUACCUUGAAUGACAUUGGCUGUUUAGUAGGACAUUCUAAAUAUCAAGAAAAAUUUAAGAAAAACUGAACAUGAGCAUGUAUCUGACACUGAUAUUAAGUCUGGGCAACAUAGAUAUGACAUUGAGAGCAGACCUUGGAUGCACCUGCUUUCCUUUUAUGUUUUACUCCAUGUUCCAAAAUUACCCUUUAACUGACACUCAAAAAUUACGUGCAAGAUUGUUUCAUAACUUUGUGAUAGUUGUUGUCCUUUCUACGUGCUCUUGACAUUUGUUUUGCAAGAUUUGAUACUUUGCAUGGCCAUUUAUGACUAUUCUAAAUGUGGGUUAUUGUGGACGAGGCCGCUUUAAAGCUGUUUCAGCAUGGAUCUUUCCUAUGACUACCUUUUUUUUCCCAUUUAUACUUUCUCUGGAUUCUUUUCUUAAAUGGCUUUUAUUAUAGUUGUCGAUUACCUUAAUUGGGGUUAGCCACUAUGACCUAUUUCUUUGCCGUGAAAGGGCUAUAAAUUGGGGUUAGAAACAGCGCAUUCCUCCACAUCACGAGGUUUCCUUUAGCUUUCUAGUUUCUAUCUCUUCUUGAAAGGAGCUGAAUUGUGCUUUCGUUUACUAGUUUCUACCAUGAAUUUCCUUUUGGCUAGAGAAGAUGCCGAGAAGCAUGCAGGUAUUAGAUCAUGCUUCUAUUGCAACAAAGUAUUCAACAACUAUCGAGCUCUAGGUGGCCACCUUAGGAUUCAUCAGGAGGAUAAGACAUUGAGGACGUUGAAUUAUCCUGGUCGUUCCUGUAAUUCCAUGGAUAUUACUAGGAACCCUCAUGCACCCCUACCAAACAGCCCACAGAACUCCUUGGUAGGUGGAAACAACCUAACUCCAUUCACUAGAGUAUCUCCUGCAUUGGACUUCUCUUGGAUGUUCUGCUCAAAUGAAACAAACCAGGCAAGUAGGAGCAAAUUCACUGGCAACAAUCCUGGAUUGGCCCAAACUCAGAUUAUCAUGUAUCCAGACUUCUCAUAUGGCUGUGGUAAUGGUGCAACUUAUCACCAUAACAUUUUGGCUUCAAAAGCCUUUGCUCCAGUUGGUGUGAACGCAGCCAUGUCUUCUGCUGCAUUUCCUUCAUCUGGUAGUCUUGUUGCCGCUGGCUUUCCUAUAGAUUCUUCAUUAUAUUUGGGCUCAAAUGGAGUUUGUCAGUUUAAUACUGAUGAAUUUCAAAUUAGCAAGGAUGGUUUGCCACCAUCCUCUGGAGAUGCCUUGCAGAGCAUUCUUGGUCCUCCCCGAUGCUCAAGCCUGGAUAAAGUUCGUCAAUAUGACAGGAGAAGUUUGUUGAUUUGCGAAGAAGGUAAAAGGUCUUUCUUAGUUGAUGAAUCAGGGAAUGCUGACAUAAUGAAUGCAUCAAAAAAGCCUAAGAUUGCCCCCAAUGCACAUGUGGAACCGGAGGAUCCUCAGAAAAAAGAGCUGUCACUUUUUAUGGAUGUUGCUGAUUCAGUUUCUGCAUCAGAAACUUGUUUUGGCGCUGAAGAGGAAGGUCCCAUAGAUGUAGAUUUGUCUCUGCAUCUGUAGGCUUGUGUCUUUCUCUCUAUACUAAAUAAAUAAUAGUAGUAAAAUAAUAAAGGAAUGGUCACUCUUGCCCUCCCCAUCCCCCAGGAAAAAAAAAAAAAGGCAGCGAAGAUGUAAUAUUGCUAUGCACUGUUGAACUAUUUACAAAUUUCAUAUUCAGUUUGGUUAACUUUUAUGAAG